UGACAGCACACAGAGUGACGUUUGGAUUUUCGUUAGCAGUUUAUCUUCUUCAACCUCUACAUCUCCCCAUCUUUAAUCAAUUCAUCAUUAAUGGUCCAAGAAAGACAGGUAUAAAAUCACGACAUAAUCGCAGUUCAAGGUUCAUCUCUAAUUGGAUCUCUCUAGACACAGAGUCGCAACUCUCUCUCUCUCUCUCUCUCUCUCUCUCUGGUCAAUUUCGGCAAUCACCAUGUCAAACCAACCUGAAUCUUCCGACUUUAAGAAUGAUUUCAACUCAGCUAUCCUUGAGAGGAAGAAGUCUCCUAAUCGAUUUGUUGUUGACGAAGCCAUUGACGAUGACAACUCUUCCUUCUCUCUCCAUCACUCCACCAUGGAAAAAGCUGCAGCUUUUCCGGGUGAUGCAAUUCUCAUCAAGGCUAAGAAAAGGAAGGACAUUGUCUUCAUUUUGUUUGCUGAUGAAUCAUGUGAGGAUCCUAAGAUCAGAAUGAACAAGAUCGUAAGGUCCAACUUGAGGGUUAGACUGGGUGAUGUCAUAUUGUCAUCUCUGCUCACCAAUGCCCUGACAUCAAGUACUGAAAGCGUGUGCACUAGGUUGCACGGGUACGUCGGGUUGGUGCCGUCUCACGUACCGGGUUCGGCGAGGGGACGGGUACGGCACGGGUACUCCUCGAAACGUCCCCAAUACGUCUCGAGUAAUGCAGGGACGGCAAAGACUUAUAUGGGGACGGAUCUGUGAGUUGACCGAGUCGUCUCAGAAACAUUUCUAAGCCAUGUUCUUGAUAUUUUGCUCGAGAUAUGAUUAAGAAGGUUACAUCUAUCAUUUACAUGUUAAAAGCAAUCAAAAUGAGAUAAUGGAAACAUAGAUAUCAAGUAAUGAAAUUUCUG